UCCUCUUCCUCGCCGCAAACGAGGUAAUCCUGGAACGAAACAAAAUUUACUAGGUUGAUUGACUGAAUUUCGUUGUACUACUCGGAGCGACGGAGAGCCUUCUUCUUGCCGGCUUCCAUCGUUGUUCCGUCGCUUUCGUGGCUGGAUUCCUCAUCCAUUUUUGACUCCAGACUGCAGCCACUCCACUGCUGCCAGUUCCCAGGGGAAAGUGCGCCGCCGCCGCCGGCCCGCCGCCUUCGUCUCUCGCUGCGGGAGGAGAGGAGGAACCCAAUCAAUCUCAUCUCGCUUCCCCGUUGGUCCGAGAUCUUGCGGAAGAACUCCAGGUCCAAUGGUGAAAGAACAGAGUGGGAUCCGCCAUCCAGAGUUCCAAAGGAUGCGUGUGACAUUGACGAUAGGCGUGAUCGGCCUGUGUGCCACGGCAUACAUUCUUGGUGCUUGGCAAGGCACAUCUUCUAAUACAAGGGCCACCCCUAUAUACACUAAAACCCAGUGCAAUGAUGCUGCUCCGAGUACCUCCAGCACCCCGUCUCUGCAGCCAUCAGGUGCUCGUCUUGAUUUCCAAGCCCACCACCAGGUGGCCUUCAAUGAGUCGUUGCUUGCGCCGGAAAAAAUCCCACCUUGCCAGCUCAAGUACAGCGAGUAUACCCCUUGCCAUGAUCCAAGGAGGGCAAGGAAAUUUCCAAAGGCAAUGAUGCAGUACAGGGAGAGACACUGCCCUAAGAAAGAGGAUCUGUUCCGUUGCUUGAUUCCUGCGCCUCCAAACUAUAAGAACCCCUUCAAGUGGCCACAAAGUCGGGACUAUGCUUGGUAUGAUAACAUUCCUCACCGGGAGCUGAGCAUCGAGAAAGCUGUCCAGAACUGGAUUCAGGUUGAAGGGGACCGAUUUAGAUUCCCUGGUGGUGGUACAAUGUUCCCGCAUGGUGCUGAUGCUUAUAUCGAUGAUAUCAAUGCCCUCAUACCAUUAACUGACGGCAAUAUCAGAACUGCACUUGAUACUGGAUGUGGGGUGGCAAGUUGGGGUGCUUUUCUUCUUAAGAGGGGCAUCAUCACCAUGUCAUUUGCACCGAGGGAUUCGCAUGAGGCGCAGGUACAGUUUGCAUUAGAACGGGGAGUGCCGGCCAUGAUUGGAGUGAUGGGAACCGAAAGAAUCCCAUACCCUGCUCGAGCAUUUGACAUGGCACACUGCUCUAGAUGUUUGAUCCCAUGGAACAAGCUUGAUGGUAUCUAUCUAAUUGAGGUGGACAGAGUUCUUAGACCAGGAGGCUACUGGAUCCUCUCUGGACCUCCAAUCCAUUGGAAGAGGCACUCCAAGGGGUGGCAAAGAACAGAAGAUGACCUGAAGCAAGAGCAAGAUGAGAUUGAGGACUUAGCAAAGCGCCUCUGCUGGAAGAAGGUGGUAGAGAAAGAUGAUCUUGCUAUAUGGCAGAAACCUAUCAACCACAUAGAAUGUGCUAAUAAUCGGAAGGCCGAUGAAACUCCACCGAUUUGCAAAAGCAGUGAUGUGGAUUCUGCUUGGUACAAGAAGAUGGAGACAUGCAUAUCUCCUCUUCCAAAUGUGAAAAGUGAAGAAGUUGCUGGUGGAGCUCUUGAGAAAUGGCCAAAAAGAGCACUGACCGUCCCCCCAAGAAUAACUCGAGGUUCAGUUUCAGGCCUUACCCCUGAGAAAUUCCAAGAGGACAACAAGUUGUGGGCAGAGAGAGUGAACUACUACAAGAAACUGAUUCCGCCACUAGCUAAGGGGCGAUAUAGGAACGUAAUGGACAUGGAUGCAGGGAUGGGUGGUUUUGCAGCUGCACUGAUGAAGUAUCCACUUUGGGUGAUGAAUGUGGUGCCUGAAGGCUCCUCUAAUGACACCCUUGGUGUUAUUUAUGAACGGGGUUUCGUUGGCGCAUACCAGGAUUGGUGUGAGGCUUUCUCAACGUAUCCGAGGACAUAUGAUCUCAUCCACGCUGAUAAAGUAUUCAGUUUUUAUCAAGAUAGGUGUGACAUAACAUAUAUUCUGUUGGAGAUGGACCGGAUUCUGAGGCCUGAAGGAACAGUAAUCUUCAGGGAUACCGUGGAGAUCUUAGUGAAGAUACAAGCAAUUUCUGAAGGCAUGAGAUGGAAGAGCCAAAUCAUGGACCACGAGUCUGGGCCAUACAACCCUGAGAAGAUCCUUGUGGCUGUCAAGACUUACUGGACCGGAGAGCCAGCUCAAAAGCAAUAGCUGUUUUUGCCUUAGUGUUCUAGUCAGCAAUGAUGUAAACAGAACAUACCACUGCAUCCUUCUGUUUGGCCUUUCUGUCUUUGAUUCAUUGCCAAGCCUGUCUUAGCUUCAGGAUAUCUGUAUAUAGGAGGCAACAUGAACUAUGUAGCUAGAAUAGUGUCGCCAUCGAUUCUGCAGUGAGAAUUGAUUGUGAGUUGUCUUGUGGCACAUUGCAAUGGUUGAAUGGUGUAUAAGAUGAUAUUCAGUCAAUUGUUUUGAAAUGAUAUUCUCUCAUA